GAAAUGAAAAGAAAAUUUAGUUAACAUAAAGUUUUUUCUUAUUCUGAAGUGAAAUUGUCCUAAAUACUUCUAUGUAACAAACAUCUCACUGGCUGUCACAGAUUAUUUCUUAAGCGUUUGAGUGACAUACAAGAGCUUGACAGUUAAGAUCAAUAACCUUGUUCUGUGAUAUCUGCAACGAGAAGGAGAGGAAAAGCCGCAAAAACGCCGUACCACACGAAAAUGGAACGUAAAUUACUGUACGCCUUUCGGGGCUGGAUAGCGUUCGUGGCAUUUAUGGAUUUAGGGACGGCAUUUCGUAGUUAUAUAGAACGCCGUAGCUUUUUGGAUCGCGCUGAAACGCAGUUUCUAGAAGGCGAUUAUACGGUGGCCCGUAUAAUAGGAAUGUAUUGUUUAUUGAAGGCGAUAGCUUUGGUUCACUGUACGCUUUACAUUCAUUAUAAACCAGUUGUUAGUAUGGGUGGCUGUUCUUUAGCAGUAACGAUGGUUUUAUAUCUGACCGAGGCCUUAUAUUUUCGUUCUUGCACUUUGAACUUUUACGUUAUAUUUCCCUGCAUAUUAAACUCUCUCACUUUAAUGGGUCUCAUGUACAUACCCAGACGUUUACGACUGUGGGAACCCAAUAUGGAUAUUGACGAUGAGAAUUCACAAUUGCUUAAGCAAAUGGGUGGUUUUAAACGUAGACGAGGCAAAAAGCCACAAUAAAUGAAUUUAUUUCUAAUUAAUUAGACUUUCAUUCGAAAGUCUUAAAUUACUAUUUCUUUUUUAUUCAUAUUAGCUAUUAGUUAUUGCCUAAUAUAACAACUGAU